UUAUCUCGAACUUGCUCCGGAGCUGAGAUAUGCUAACAGUCAAAAAGAUGCAGUACCCUGACGGCAUUCAGAGAUACAGCUGUGUCAACUGUAUAUAAUAUUUUGCAUCUAUUUUCUCGGGACCGGAAAGCCGAUUUUUUUUUCACACCAAUAUAUGCAGACACAUACAUAUAUAUACACUUCAAGAAAACCCCUCUCGGACUUUGACGGAAGUGGAGUGUCGAGUGACGUCUUUUGCGUUACGUCGACGCAUCUUCGCAAGUAGACGAUCUUUGUGUUCGGUCAGCUGACCGAGGAAUGUACAAGUUACAAAACAUUGGAGCAGAGGCACACGGCGGAGCGGCACACGGCGGCUUACGGUGAUUCCUAUCAAAAGCGGACACGGGGGAGCGUGUGUUGUCCGACCUCGAUCGGAUUCGCUGAAAACGUGUAGUCACCGUAACAUGUCAACAGAUGGAUCCAGCCGCGACCGCAGCUCCGAUACACAACGACUGUGAGACAGAGCCAAACUCGGUGUGGAGCUGGUGGCCCUCCUGGCGUCCGACAUCCAUGUCCCUUUUGAAGACCACAGAGUCCAAGAUUCUUUCCUGUAUUCAGAAUGACCUAUGGGCCAGGUUUGUGACCUUACCAAACCAGGAUCGAAUAUGGACGUUGACCCUCAACAACAAGGGGGUUCGCAAACCCGCAGCUCCUAAGACUCCCCUCGUGAUGGUCCAUGGCUUCGGAGGAGGGGUCGGCCUGUGGAUCAGGAACCUGGAUGUGCUGAGCCGGUCACGGCCCGUCUACGCCUUCGACCUCCUGGGCUUUGGCCGGAGCUCCAGGCCUGCCUUCCCCUCAGAUGCUGCCAAGGCGGAGGAGCAGUUUGUCGACUCCAUUGAACAGUGGCGAAAGUCCGUCGGCCUGGAGGACAUGAUUCUGCUGGGGCACAGUCUGGGGGGUUACCUGGCUACGUCCUACGCCAUCCAGUACCCUUCAAGAGUGUCACAUCUUAUCCUGGUAGACCCCUGGGGUUUACCUGAGCGAGCCCAGACACAGACGGAGGGAACGGAGGUGGUGAAGAGACCGUCCCCUCCACGCUGGGUGAAAGCUAUCGCAGCGGUGGUUUCCCUCUUCAACCCACUGGCUGUCAUCAGAGCCGCAGGCCCAUGGGGUCCGGGCUUGGUGAACAGAUUCCGUCCCGAUUUCAAGAGGAAAUUCGAAGAUCUGUUUGACGAUGACACCAUGACGCAGUACAUCUACCACUGUAACGCACAAACCCCCAGUGGUGAAGUAGGUUUUCGUGCCAUGUCUGAGUCUCUGGGCUGGGCGAAGAGGCCGAUGCUGCAGCGGGUUCACCUGCUGCCGCCCUCCAUGCCACUCACCAUGCUGUUUGGCGAACACUCCUGGGUGGUCAGCUCAUCGGGGGACAGAGUCACGGAGAUAAGGGGCGAGGCUCACUCGAAACUGCUGCUGAUAGAGAAAGCCUCUCACCACGUGUAUGCUGAUCAACCAGAAGAGUUCAACAGAGUGGUGGAAGAUAUAUGUAGCUCUGUCAACUGACUGUGUGUGUGCGGCGCGUGCGUGCGUGCGUGUGUACUGAAUGUAUACAGAAAGAUCUUUUAGCCGUGUAACCUUUGCGUGUGAGGCACACUUGAUGGUUUUGCUUAUCUAGAAAUCAUGUAGCUGAACUCAUGUGUUUCAAUAUAAUUUUGCUCUAAAUCCUAUUCUCAUGGUAACAAGUUAUUGAUAUUAUUGUGGUGAAAUUCUUGAUUGAUAUUUAUUAUGCCAUUGUAUUUGAUAAUUGUAAAUUUAUUUAUAGCAAAUAAUUGAGUUUAUUUGCCAAUGCCUUCAUACAGAGCAUUAAUGGAACAGCUUAAUCCAAUACUAAUAUACGUUGCCUGUUAUAUUCUUCUUGUGAGUGUAACAAACGUUACAAAGCAGCCACCGAUUCACACGUACAUGUGCCUCACAUCAACUAUUAAGUACUUUAUGUCAUAUUUUCUUUGAGUCCUGUUUUUCCUCUUUUACCCAUCUCACUGUAUCAAACAGCCAUUUGUAGUUUAUACCUUGAAAAUAAUAAAAGCUUUUUGAAAAGAC